CACUGUGUAAGAGAAAAAUAAAAAUAAUUUAACAUACCCAUGAAAUGAAUAGAGCUUUAUGUAUUUCUAUAUAAGACACGCAUAUAUAGAAACAUUUUCUACAAACACGCACUCACCAGUCACCACCCUCAAAUAUACAUAUUUGUGCACCGAAACCAUAUAUAUAUUCAAGAGAAGAACAUUAAAACACAAGCAGUUUCUUGAAAAAUCUUGAUCAUUGAGUUCGAGAAUUAAUGGAGGGUCUACUAAGUAGAGGCGGGUUCAGGGUUUCAGUUUGUGGGCAAGAAGAGAUAGAGCAGUUAUCUAGAGACGGUAGUCAGUACAGUCUUACUAAUGCGGUUCUACCUUCACUUGGUGCAAGAAGUAACCGGAGAGUUAAGCUCCGGAGUUUCAUUAUUUCUCCUUAUGACCGCCGUUACAGAAUAUGGGAGACUUUUCUUGUUGUUCUGGUGAUAUAUACAGCUUGGGUAUCGCCUUUCGAGUUCGGAUUUCUCGAUAAACCAGAUAGACCACUGUCCAUUGUUGAUAAUGUGGUAAAUGGGUUCUUUGCUGUGGAUAUCAUUCUCACGUUCUUUGUAGCUUACCUUGAUCGUGCUACCUACCUACUUGUUGAUAAUCCAAAAAGGAUUGCUUGGAAGUAUACAAGUUCAUGGCUUGUAUUUGAUGUCAUUUCUACAAUCCCAUCUGAACUUGCUCAAAAGAUUUCGCCCAAACCUUUUCGACAGUAUGGCUUCUUCAAUAUGCUUCGCCUUUGGCGUCUCAGAAGAGUCAGUGCUUUAUUUUCCAGAUUGGAGAAAGAUAGGAACUUCAACUACUUCUGGGUUCGAUGUGCCAAACUUGUUUGUGUCACCCUUUUCGCCGUCCAUAGUGCUGCAUGUUUCUAUUAUCUUAUUGCUGCACGUUACAAAAACCCUGAAAGGACUUGGAUUGGAGCAUCCUUGGGAGAUAAUUUCCUCGAGCAGAGUAUUUGGAUUCGAUACGUGACUUCAAUUUACUGGUCUAUUACUACUCUAACCACUGUUGGCUAUGGUGAUCUUCAUCCUGUCAAUACAAGGGAGAUGAUCUUCGAUAUUUUUUAUAUGCUCUUCAACCUUGGAUUGACAGCUUAUUUGAUCGGUAACAUGACCAACUUGGUUGUUCAUGGGACUAGCCGAACUAGAAGAUUUAGAGAUACCAUACAAGCAGCUUCAAGUUUCGCGCAGAGGAACCAACUUCCUCUGCGCUUGCAAGAUCAGAUGUUAGCACAUCUUUGUUUGAAGUUUAGGACAGAUUCAGAAGGACUGCAGCAGCAGGAGACUCUUGAUUCCCUUCCUAAAGCAAUUCGAUCAAGCAUUUCACAUUAUCUUUUCUACUCUCUUCUCGACAGGGUCUACUUAUUUCGUGGGGUUUCCAAUGACUUGCUUUUCCAGCUGGUAUCCGAAAUGAAAGCCGAGUAUUUUCCUCCAAAAGAAGAUGUUAUUUUGCAGAAUGAAGCACCUACAGACUUCUAUAUACUUGUCACUGGUGCUGUGGAUCUACUGGUAUACAAAAAUGGAGCUGAACAGGUUGUUGGGCAGGCACAAACUGGUGAUCUUUGUGGUGAAAUUGGUGUGCUUUGUUAUAGACCUCAACUUUUUACAGUGCGGACCAAACGACUGAGUCAGCUACUACGUCUGAACCGUACUACAUUCUUGAACAUCGUUCAGGCAAAUAUUGGGGAUGGGACCAUCAUUAUGAAUAAUCUUCUCCAGCAUUUAAAAGAACAAAAGGACCCAUUAAUGGAGGGACUUUUGCUGGAGACGGAGAACAUGCUAGCUCGUGGUCGGAUGGAUCUACCUCUCAGUCUAUGCUUUGCUGCACAAAGGGGUGACGAUUCUUUAUUACAUCAACUGUUGAAAAGAGGCCUCGAUCCAAAUGAAUCAGACAACAAUGGGAGGUCAGCAUUGCAUAUAGCAGCAUCAAUUGGAAGUGAGAACUGUGUGCUUCUUUUACUAGAUUACGCGGCAGAUCCUAACUGUAAAGAUUCGGAAGGCAAUGUCCCAAUAUGGGAGGCAAUGGUGAAUGGUCAUGAACAAGUGACCAAACUUCUGAUAGAAAAUGGUGCAAAUAUAACACUAGGAGAUGUGGGUCAUUUUGCGUGUACUGCAACGGAACAAAACAGCUUGAAUUUGCUGAAUGAAAUUGCUCGUCAGGGUGGGGACGUAACUUUACCGAGGAAGAACGGAACUACAGCACUCCACGUUGCAGUAUGCGAAGACAAUACUGAAAUUGUUAGAUUUCUCUUGGACCAGGGUGCCGACAUUGACAAACCCGACAUCCAUGGUUGGAGUCCAAGAGAUCUAGCUGAACAACAAGGACAUGAAGAUAUAAAACUCAUUUUCGAAACUCGAACAGAGCCUAAACCUGAAUCUAUUGUUACAGUUCCUGAGAGACAGCAGCCACAUGGUGUUAGAUUUCUUGGGAGAUUUACAAGUGAACCGAAUAUCCGCCCUCUGUCCCGUGAUGGUUCAUUCACAGGAACAGAUAAUUCAUGGAGCCGAAACCGUCCCAGGCGCAGAACUAAUAAUUUUCACAACUCGCUCUUUGGAAUGAUGUCAGCUGCCCACAAGGGAGAGAAGGAAUUACCAUUCCCAACUACUCCUGCUGUCCAUGCAGACAAUUACGGAGCUAACCCUGCUAGAGUAGUAAUUAGUUGCCCAGAAAAGGCCGAUAUGGCAGGAAAGCUCGUUCUGCUUCCGAAAAGUUUGCAGGAGUUGGUUGAGAUUGGUAAGCAGAAAUUCGGCCUCGGACAUUCCAAAGUUCUGAGCAAGGAUAGAGCUGAAAUUGAUGAUAUUGAAGUUAUUAGAGAUGGUGAUCACAUUUUAUUUGUAACGGACCGUUCCAAGGAGAUUACCCGUCAAUUCUCCUUGCCUGUUAUCAGUGAUCAGACAUCGGAGACUAACAGCGAAUAAGUCCUAAGAAAGGAAAGGUCGUGUUGUAUAUAAUGCAUCAGAAUGGUCCUGGUCAAUUGAUGAAAUUCUUCAUUUUUCAGUUAUUUCUUUGAAGAUUUUUCAAUACAAAGCAGAUCCAGUGUAAAUAUAAAUCAUUGCCUGAGAUGGAUCUGUAGAGGGAAGUGCCUCUGUUGUAUUUCACAAGCUAUUCAAAAUACAGUUGUGCACCAAGAUAAAAAAAAGUAAAAUGAAACAAUACAGAUUCUUUUUUCCUUUUCUUGUCUC